UGAUCUCAAAAAUAAAACAUAUUCCAGCCCGUUAAAUUAUGAUUAUUAUUAUUCUCUAGUUGUCAGGGAUUGCAUUUGUUCAGUACAGUGUUGUUCAGUGCAAGAUGUUAUAAUUUUGAUGUUAUUUAAGCUAAAAUAGAUUAAGGGAAAAAUAUUUGCACUAACUGUUAAAAACUAAUACUGUAUGUAACAAUGAUAGAGACACUGCUGUUUACAUUUUUUGUUAAGUAUGGCAAAAAUAUUUUAGUAAUGAAAUUUGAAGUAAAUGAGAAAUAACGCAAAGGAAAGUAAAUUUUCAGAAAUGUUGCGCUUUCUUGUGCUUAAAUGUUAAAAUGGCUCUCCUAUGAGGUGUCAAUCACAGCAACGGCCCCCAGCCAAUUUGAGUUUGAGACCCCUGCUUUAAAGCUUCUCUGGUGUUUCCAUGGUUUCUAUGGAAAUCAAGGGUAGCACGGAUAUGACGUCUCUGACAGGCGACGCAAUGACACGGGCCAUUACACUGGUUAAAAAAUAGCUGAUUUAUCUGGAUUUAAACAUUGUUUGGAAACAACAAAAUAUAUAACAUUCUUGUAGUAGGUUUUUGUUAUUUUAAUCUAAAAAUAUUACAUAUUGUGCCUUUAAUAGAUGUUUUAUCCUUUCAUUGUAAAGGAUGACUAAAAUAUACAUAUCCUCACAAUUCCUCAUGUUUUGAUCAAGCACACAAAAAUAAAUUAUUGAAGUGCAAGGGAUUAUGGGUAUUCCCUAUGCAGCCACAAUGCUUCUCUAAUGGGCCUAUAACAGAUCCAACAAUAUAUGAGGUUCAAAGUGCUUAAACUUUAUAUAGCUUUAUAAAAGCAAACUCAAAUGGUCUACUUUACAGGUAAAUACAGUAUUUCAAGAGUUUGACCUGACAAAACAGAAGUUGGAUUGUUUACAGUGUAUGAAAAGUGCCAGGGGCUUAUUGUAAUAACGUGGGACCUGUAUUUUGCCUGUUUAUCUCUCUCUGUGACAUGCUGGUUUAAUUCCUCUGCUAUAAUCCUAUUACAUCACAUCAAAUUAUUACUGAGACGUAACCAUGAUGUCCAUGCAGACAGAGACAUUAUCUGAGACAGUGCACAGCAAAGACAGGUAAUCACAGCAAACGGUCAGGUAAGAAUGACAUUUCUCUUCCUCUAAUUAAUGACCACUGCAAACUUGGUUCACGGGGAUAGUUCUGCACUGUAAAAAUGAAAUCCGUAAAAUAACAGAAAAAGUACUGGCAGCUCAUUACCUGGACAUUAUCCAGUAAUUUUACGGAGAUUUCCGUUAACCAUGCAACACAACGCAAUGAAGUGAAAAAUUCUAAAUACAGGUAAAACACCUGCAAAAAAAAAAAAUAAAAAAAAAUGUUUUUAUAUAUAUUAUACACUGAUUGAAUUGUUUGGUGUUCUGGUCUAUAACACUGCUACAACAUAUCUAAAACCUGCUUAAAACAUGCACAGGCCUUAGACUUGCUUGCACAAAUACUGCAACUGGUAAUGGAAUUUGUUGAUGGGAGUGAAAAAUCUAGGUAAAACAGAGGGAUGACAAAGCAAUGAAUCGGAUUGAGCAAGAUUACUUCUGACGUAUUUCUGAGUGUAUCUUGUUCGCAGCAUCCAGUGUAGUAGCUGAUCAGCACAUUUCUUUAAGCCAGCUGCUCACAUAUACAUUGGAAUCGCUCUGAGAAAGCCACAAAAGGUAGUUUUUUGAGAUUGCAUGCUCUCAAUUGCGUGCCGUUUUUCACUUACUCAGAUGUAUAUGUGUAGCAUUAGUACAACUGCCAUGAGAUCAGUCUUAGAAUGCACAUUUACAUGCAAGAAAACAGAAACAUCAUGGGCAUUUCAGAAACAAACUCAUUACUCACAACAUUAUAAUCUGAUUAUAAUCUAAUCCAUCACCUAUAGAGAGUAAUCUGCUAAUUCCACCUCAACCUGGAUCAUUGUAACAGACUCUGACAGUGUCAAGAACUCAUGCAACAGAAAUAAAAUCUAUCAGAAUGACUACACUAGUAAACAACUGUAAACAUAAAACUUUUCAUCUGCUUGUUCGUUUCAUAUGGUCUGGAAGUAUGAAAAGGAAUGAUGAAAUGUCAACCACACACAAUUUGUUACAGGAUGUUGCAUAAAAUGGGCAUAUUCAGAUGGAGCAAUAACUUCCUAUUAUUUUUCCAUCCUUAAAGAAACUAUAUGUAAGAAUUUUGAUGUAGGCUUGCUUAUUUUUUGCCAAUGUGUGUACAACUUGUAACGAAACUUUAAAAACAAGACCUUCCCUGACAUCCUAGGUUGUCUAUGGAAGCCUGUAGACUGAUUUUUAUGUGAAGGACUUGGAACGUUUUUGCUGGGAAAAUCAAAAAGAUGUUCAAUGGCACAUGAAACGAAUGCUUAUACAAUUUUCAGGAUAAUGCUGAAAGAGCAUUCUGUAUUGUAAUGUCAAUGAGUCAUGCAAAGAAAAGGGAUUAAUUCAAACUAUAGUCUCGCAUAGUCAGAUAUAAUCUAUAGUCUCAAAUAUACUUGAUAAUCAAACAAUCAUAACAGUGUAAUUUUAAUAACCUCAUCUGUCGACAUGUUGCCGGUGAAUUGCAGAGCGUGUGCAGACAUAUCCACAUCACUAUGAUCAGAUGCUUUAACUGCUGUUUUCUCACCACUGCCAUUUUUGUUAUGCGUUUUGUUAACUUGUUAGUGAGAGGAAAACGCGCAGCACAUUUACGUACUCUAAACGUCGCUCUCAGCAGUAUGCGUCGGGAUGUUUGUUAAAAGUAUAUCGCUGCAAAGGUUUUUCCAACUUUUUUACUUCGCUAUGAGUAUAUCGGGACCUUGAAUCACAUUCAGUCUCUAUGUUACGUGUGUACGAGUGCGAGCAUGAGCCAUAAGUUGCUGGCUGCACUUCACUUAACGACCACCGGUGUCGCUAAUAACAAGUGUUUCUGAAUUGUACAUCUAUCCCCUUUAAACUGAAUCAACAAACACAAACAAAUGGCUCAUUAGAUCUGUAUUAUCUAUCAUCAGGUCUCCAUUGAGGAAUCAUGUCAGGUUCACCUGAGAUUGAGGAACUACCAGCAACACAAACAGGUGAAAAAAGACUUUAAAAAGAGUUACUUAUUAAUGAAACAAAGAAAUAUCCACAUUACAGUAAUCACAUUGAUUGCAGAACAUAUCCUGCUAACAUCUAUUCAAUAUACAGUAAUGAUGAGAUAAUACUGGAGAUUUCCCUCAUUACGCUGUGAUAUGCCUAAGACAUGCUGAGGUCAUCAUGACAAAACACUUUCGGUACUUAGGGCCCAAAGGCGUGAUCCAUGACUGGAGGAAAUUCAAACUUGAGAGUGAGGACCAUGAAAGUAUCCCUCCCAACAAGAGAGAGCUUCUCAGACAGAUGUCCAACCCCAAAUCUAAUAAUGACGACACUCGGGAAAAGCAUGGCCGCAAGAUGAGCACUCAGGAAUACGAGAUGAUCCAAGAAGAGGACGAAAGUUGUCUGCGUAAGUAUCGCAAGCAGUGCAUGCAGGAGAUGCACGAGCGCCUGAGUUUCGGGCCUAAGUUUGAUGCUGUGUUUGAGUUGGAUAGCGGGGAGGCCUUCCUGGAUGUCAUCGAGAAAGAGCACCGCCUGACCCUAGUGGUGGUGCACAUCUAUGAUGAAGGAAUCAGAGGUUGUGACGCACUCAACAACUGCUUGACCUGCCUGGCAGCAGAGUAUUCCACCGUCAAAUUCUGCCGAAUCAAAGCCUCUGCCACUGGGGCGGACGAGCGUUUUUCAGACGACGUUCUGCCCGCCCUGCUGGUGUACAAGGCUGGAGAGCUUCUGGGCAACUUCCUGUCCAUUACAAAGCACUUGAAUGAGGAGUUCUUCGCCAUGGAUGUGGAGAACUUCCUAAAUGAGUACGGUUUGUUGCCAGAGAAAGAGACUGCAGCCUGUCCUGAUGAGGAAGAGAAUGCUGAUGUGGAGUAAACAAGGAAAUUUAAAAGGUGGAAGUGAAUUACGUUAGUCAACCUGUCAGACUUGUUUCAGAGAUAGAUCAAGUAAUGACUCUGUGACUGCUGGUCCAUGACUCCAACAAACACGCACACCUUAAGGCAUUUACAGUUAAAUACUUCAUAGUGUUAUCAAAAGCACACUGCUUGUUUCAGUUCCCAGGGUUCCCACAAUUUUUUUUCAAUGAGUUUCCAUGACUUUUGACUUUUCCACUGGUUUUUGAUUACUGUAUAAGGAUUUUUAAAGACCAUUUAAAUUCAGAUCAAUUCACUCAUGAAUCAUUCGGACCAGUUAGACUAAUUCGCUGAAAGUGACCCAAGUUUGAGUCCCAAAUUGAGGUCCUUUCCUGAUCCCGUUUCUUCUCAGGCUAUUUGUCUCAACGGCAAAAAUGCCCCAAAAUGAUAAUUUUUAGGGAAAAACGUAAUCACAAAUUGCACAUCACUAUGGUUUGUGAAGAAGCUGAUGGAAUAUUUUAUAUUGAAGGUAAUUAAUGUACUCCACCGUUCAAAAGUUUGGUCAGUAAAAAUUAUUUUGUAAGAAAUGAAUACUUUUAUUCAUCAAGGAUGCAUUAAAUUGAUCAAAAGUGACAGUAAAGAUAUUAUGUUACAAAACAUUUCUAUUUCAAAUAAAUGCUGUUCUUUUGAAGUUUCAAUUCAUCAAAGAAUCCUGAAAAAAUUCAUUGUUUCCAUAUUAUGUAGCACAACUGUUUUCAACAUUGAUGAUAAGGAAUAUUUCUUGAGAUCCAAAUCUCUAAAGGAUCAUGUGACUGGAGACUGGAGCAAUGAUGCUGAAAAUUCAGCUUUACCAUCACAGGAAUACAUUACAUUUUAAAAUAUAUUAAAAUAGAAAACAAGUACUUUACAUUGUAAUAAUGUUUCACAAUGUUACUGUUUUUGAUCAAAUAAAUGCAGCCUUGGUGAGCAUUAGAGACUUCUCUCAAAAACAUUAAAUUUUUUUACUGACCCCAAAGUUUUUGAAAGGUAGUGUAUAUUCAUCACAGAAAUUAAACUCUCCUCAAAUGUCCAGGUUUCCCAUGACUGUGGGAACACUGUACUUGUCAUAUAUUUUGUAUCGAGCUGCUAUCUGCUUAAAGAAUAAAUAAUGAUAUCACAAAAAGUGUGAUUUCAUAUGUUGUCACAUUCCACUAAAUGAAUCAGGGUCAGGGUUUCUUCAAAAUGAACGCAGAACAGCCAAGAACACUCCUUGCUCUUUUAUGUCUUUAUGACUAUACAACUAGAUUUGUCCUACAAAUGUUGUUCUAAGUAAAACGUGCCCGGACAUGUACCCAGCUAACUCAAAGAUCACACAGUCACAGGAUUACUGUGUGUGAGAGCAAGCAUUCAUAUGCAAGUGCUUGUUUGGAGGUGCAGGUGAAUGUGAGUUUAGGUCAGUAUAUCAUUGUGGAAACUAAAUGACUCUGUUAAGGUUACACAUGAUGAUUUUGGUACUUUAGAACAGGGUUUUUUUGAAAGGGGGUACAAUAAUUAUGGUUUGAUCUUAAACUAGGAAAAAAUGAAAAGGAAAAAGUAAACAAAAAUCAAAUGUUACCUAAAAUCAAAACUAAAUUUCACACAAAUGUUUCACUGUCCCUGCCAGAUUAAAAUGUAUUUAUUUUAAUGGAUUUGCAAUGUAAAAAUCAUAAGGUAUGCACUAC